GGAAAGUUUGUGGCGGGGCGGGGGCCCCGAGGGGGUAGAGCUGGGUGGGCUCCGACGCCUCCUCCCCUUUAAGCGGGUGGUCCCAGCGCUGCCUCCGUUACCUGGAGCGGGGAGGGGCUUGGGAAAGUUUGUGUUUGUUGCUGGCAAAGCGCCGGAUGGGAGGCGCGGGCGGGCGGGUGCUGCGGUUCUUCCCUCCCGCUUUCGGGAAGCGGUCGGGGCUGCAAGCUCAGCUCGGCGGGGCGGCCCUGGCGCCCGGCUCCCGGUGCCCGGCCGGCUGGAGGAGGCGGGCAGAGGCGGGCGGGAGCGGAGCGGAGCGAGGGGCGCACGUCCGCCCCAGCGCUGGGAUUUCUCGGCUCGCGAGGAGAGCGGAGCAGGCGCGCGGCCCAGGCGGAGGAGCGCUGACUCUGGAGCAGCCGGAGCUGGAGGAGGAGGAGGAGGAGAGGCGGCGGGGAAGGAGGAGGAGGGGGAGAGUCGCUCCCGCCCGGCGAGCAUGGGGCGCCUGGCGCCGAGGCCGCUGCUGCUGGCGCUCCUGUCGCUGGCUCUUUGCCGAGGGCGCGUGGUGAGGGUCCCUGCGGGCAGCCUGGUGCGGGUAGUGGGCACCGAGCUGGUCAUCCCCUGCAACGUCAGUGACUACGACGGCCCCAGCGAGCAGAACUUUGACUGGAGCUUCUCGGCCUCGGGCAGCAGCUUCGUGGAGCUUGCCAGCACCUGGGAAGCGGGCUUCCCAGCCCCACAGUACCGCGAGCGCCUGCAGAGGGGCGACAUCCUGCUGCGGCGGACGGCCAACGACGCGGUGGAGCUGCACAUAAAGAAUGUCCAGCACUCCGACCAGGGCCACUACAAGUGUUCCACCCCCAGCACGGACGCCACCGUGCAAGGCAACUAUGAGGAUACAGUGCAGGUUAAAGUGCUGCCCGACGCCCUGCGUGUGGCCGCCAGCCCUCAGCCCGCCCCGGGCCCCAGCCUGCGCGAAGGCGAACCCUUCGAGCUGCGGUGCGCGGCCUCCAGCACGUCGCCGCUGCACACGCACCUGGCGCUGCAGUGGGAGGUGCGGCGCGGCCCCGCCCGGCGGAGCAUCCUCUCCCUGACCCACGAGGGCAGGUUCCGGCCCGGCCCGGGCUAUGAGCAGCGCUACCGCGGCGGGGACGUACGCCUGGACACUGUGGGGAGCGACGGGUACCGCCUGGCCGUGUCCCGGGCCCUGUCCUCCGACCAGGGCUCCUACAGGUGCAUCGUCAGUGAGUGGAUCGGAGAGCAGGGAAACUGGCAAGAAAUUCAAGAGAAAGCCGUGGAUGUGGCCACCGUGGUGAUCCAGCCAACAGUUCUCCGAGCAGCUGUGGCCAGGAAUGUGUCUGUGGCUGAAGGCAAGGACCUGGGCCUGGCUUGCAACAUCACCACGGACCGAACGGACGAUGUCAGACCCGAGGUGACUUGGUCCUUCAGCCGGACGCCCGACAGCACGUUGCCUGGCUCCCGUGUGCUGGCUCGGCUGGACCGUGACUCCCUGGUGCAUGGCUCUCCUCACGUGGCCUUGAGUCACAUGGAUGCACGCUCCUACCACCUACUGGUUCGAGAUGUCAGCAAAGAAAAUGCUGGCUACUAUUUCUGCCACGUGGCGCUCUGGACCCCCGGAUACAACAGAAGCUGGCACAAGGUGGCAGAGGCCGUGUCGGCCCCGGCCGCCGUGACGGUGACCUGGCUAGAACCAGACUAUCAGGUGUACCUGAAUGCUUCUAAGGUCCCUGAGUUCUCAGACGACGUCACCGAGCUGGAAUGCCGGAUCCUGGAUGUGAAGAACCCAGAGGCGAGCGUCCGUUUCACCGUGUCCUGGUACUACCGGGUGAACCGGCGCAACGACGACGUGGUGGCCAGCGAGCUCCUGGCCGUCAUGAAUGGGGACUGGACAGUCAAGUACGGGGAGCGGAGCAAGCAGCGGGCCCGGGAGGGAGACUUCAUUUUUUCUAAGGAGCACCCGGACACGUUCAAUUUCCGGAUCCAAAGGACUACAGAGGAAGACAGGGGCAAUUAUUACUGUGUUGUGUCUGCCUGGACCAAACAGCGUAACAGUAGCUGGGUGAAGAGCAAGGACGUCUUCUCCAAGCCCAUCAACAUAUUUUGGGCACUGGAAGAUUCCGUGCUUGUGGUGAAGGCAAGGCAGCCCAAGCCUUUCUUCGCUGCCGGAAAUACAUUUGAGAUGACUUGCAAAGUGUCUUCCAAAAAUAUUAAGUCGCCACGCUACUCUGUUCUCAUCACGGCUGAGAAACCCGUUGGGGACCUCUCCAGUCCCAAUGAAACCAAGUACAUCAUCUCCCUGGACCAGGAUUCCGUGGUGAAGCUGGAGAACUGGACAGAUGCCUCGCGGGUGGAUGGUGUUGUGUUGGAGAAAGUGCAGGAAGAUGAAUUUCGCUAUCGAAUGUACCAGACUCAGGUCUCAGAUGCAGGCCUCUACCGCUGUGUGGUGACAGCCUGGUCUCCUGUCAGGGGCAGCCUGUGGCGAGAAGCAGCAACCAGUCUCUCCAAUCCUAUUGAGAUAGACUUCCAGACCUCAGGUCCUAUAUUCAAUGCCUCUGUGCAUUCGGACACGCCGUCGGUCAUCCGGGGAGAUCUCAUCAAAUUGUUUUGUAUCAUCACUGUCGAAGGAGCAGCCUUGGAUCCAGACGACAUGGCCUUUGACGUGUCCUGGUUUGCGGUGCACUCUUUCGGCCUGGACAAGGCGCCCGUCCUCCUGUCAUCACUGGAUCGGAAGGGGAUUGUGAACACGGCCCAGAGGGACUGGAAGAGCAGCCUCAGCCUGGAGCGCAUGAGCGUGCUGGAGUUCUUGCUGCAAGUGCAUGGCUCCGAGGACCAGGACUUUGGCAACUACUACUGCUCCGUGACUCCAUGGGUGAAGUCACCCACAGGUUCCUGGCAGAAGGAGGCAGAGAUCCAGUCCAAGCCCGUCUUUAUAACUGUGAAGAUGGAUGUGCUGAAUGCCUUCAAGUACCCGCUGCUGAUUGGUGUCGGCCUGUCCACGGUCAUCGGGCUCCUGUCCUGCCUCAUCGGGUACUGCAGCUCCCACUGGUGCUGUAAGAAGGAAGUCCAGGAGACCCGGCGAGAGCGCCGCCGGCUCAUGUCCAUGGAGAUGGACUAGCUGGUGCCAGAAAGGCCGAGACCGGGGGACGGUCGAGGAGCGGUUUGGGCGAGAUGAGGACAGCAAUCUUUUGACGCGAAGUGUGUUACACUAAAAACCAGUCCUCUCUAAUCUCAGGUGGGACUCGGCGCUCUCUCUUUCUGCAUGUCAAGUCCUGAGCGCAGACACGUUUACCAGCACACGGCUCUUCUUCCCACGGCACUUUCUGAUGGAACAAUCGAGUGUGUGUUUUCCUGACGGCGGCGUUUUUAAUGGUUAACCUCUAAUUUUUUUCUCCUACUGGCUUAUAGAUCUCUGACUUGUGUGUGUUUCUACCUUUUGUUUUGAGGGGUUGCAGUGAGAAAGGGGUGAAGGCGUUCAGAGUUCUUUGUCUCGGGUGAGAUCCGUACGGCUUCCGAGUCGGAGGCUCGUGCUAAGAGAGCUGCUAAAGGCGACCCUCUACCCCGGCCGAGGGACAACACAGACCAGUGCUGAAGGCUAAUGUGUGGCUUUUACUACCCUCCCACCCCCUAUUUUCCAGGGGGUUUAGGCUACAUUUAAAAUCUAAACCUGCAGUCCGUAACUUCCUAUCAAGCCCAAAUGCAUUUUGUUUUUUGGUUUUCUGCUUCUCUGCCCCCUUUCCACUUCUCUCGUAUUUGCUUUAUGUGCGAGUGCUGAAAUGGCCCUGGAAUCGAGAAUUUGGCUCUCCACCAAGCACCUUAUCUUGCCACCUUAGCCUUAAGAAUGAGUAUGAAGAAAAAUGCACAGCCCCCUCUGUCCAGGGCAGUGAGAAGGCCUGCAAGGAAGAAGAGGUCGGGGACAAGGAAAGGAACAGACAGUCACUCCCAUAGUUCCGAGGCUACCAUGCCUCAGGGGGCCCCAGAGAUUGCAGAAGGGAGAUAUCCUGGAAGUUUGAUUUCUGCAGUUCAUGCCAGAGGGUCAGUAGUGCAGGGGUGUGUCAGCUGGAAGAAGCCACCUCUCUUCCCUGUCCCGCCCUUUGUGAGAGGCUAAAGCCUUGUGGGUCUGCAGGGGGAACCACAGACACCCCAUGUCCUUCACGGGCCACUUGGGCUCUUUAAUGUGAAGUCGAAUUGCUGCUUGCAAGACUGACUUCAUAGAAUCAGAAAUUACCCAGAAGAACCAUGCAUUUUCUGUGACCUUGUCAGUCCUUCAAGUCUUUUAAAAAAUCCCCUGCAGGGGGUUAGUGAGAAAGGGUAUACUUUGUGGUGUGUUUGCUUUCCUAUUAGGAACACAGAGGAAACCCAGCAAUUUAUUGCCAUGUGAACAGCCUACAAAGUAGAUCUGAGAGUGGUCCGCUUUGCCCGAUCACUCGUACCAGGAGUAGGACAGCGGUCCCCAAAAGAUCUGUGACUUGCCCCUACACAGCGCUGGCCUUUCAGAAGCAUCCCAGUGGGGUUUUCCUGAGGCUCUCUCGUGACAGUCCCCACAUUGCAUUCUGCGUGCUCUUACCCCGGCUCUGAAGGACCUAAUACCGCUUUGUCUUCCAAAAGGGAAAAAAAGAUGCAUUUGUUUCGAGCAAUAAAGUAAUACAAAAUGAUGGCCAUUCACGUGCGGCUCUCUGUCACGAUGGGCCAGAAGAGCUGGACUGCUCCCAGCUCACCAUCUUCCCUUCUACUUCCCUCACUCUGUUGCCCACGAUUCAUUCUGCACAUAUCACCACGUCACCCCCAGACGGCAGAUUGCCACCAAAUUUUUCCUUUUGGUUUUGCCCACCGAGGGGCCCGCUCACAUGAUUGAAACUAGAUUCUAUACUAACGGUAGCAGCACAGAGGAAUUCCGGGCCUAGCAUCUGUGGUGGGAAGAUGCACCGCAGGUCUGCUCUACACGAAAGACCAGGGGAAGGGGAAGAGGCUGUGAUAGCACUAGACUGGGGUAUUUCCUCCAUGCCGUUUCCUAACUGUGCCAUCUCAGAGGAGGUGAGUCACAGGUGAUUGUGCAAAGAGGAAAUAGACACAGGUGCUGCGUUCAGAACAGCCAGUGCCCUCUGAGCCCUCACAGUGAUCAGCCUCCUAAAAGAAGGUUCAGGAUUGUUGCAGUACAGGCCCUUGGAAGGAGGAAAGGAUACUUGGCUUUGGAUGUGACCCAGUGGCCCCGGGUGUAUGUAAAAAACGUGGACGGGUUGCAGCAGACAGCCUGUGGCAGUAAAGGUGACACGUGCUCACACACUGUACCUUUUCCUUUCAAACUGCUGUUGCAGUUCACGGCUGGGGCUUUUGUGGCAUUUACUGUGCCCCUAGCCCCACCCUCCAUCCACUGGGCUGGUACCAAGUAGGGAGAAGUCACAGGGCAUUGUACCAAGGACCUCCUUCCUUCCAAGGACAUAAACAUGGCUGGAACAUGUGUCCUGGUCAGAGGGUGAGAUGUACUCUUGUUAUACCAAAUAGGGCCCCCUGCUCCGUGCUUUUCUGGAAAAGCUUCCCGCAGAAGCACUGGAAUGAAGGCAAGGACCCAGCCACGACUGACACGGAUCAAAGUGCACUGCUUAACACAAAGAAACUUGAUAGAAAGUUUGACUUUUUUUUUUUUUUCCUUCUAAUCAUAAAAAUAUCCCCAGAAAGAGCCUAAGCUACAUUCAGAUAAAAGCCUGAAAAGUACUUUCCAUUGUUUACUUUAUAAUGUUUACAUAUACUUUUCACUUUUUAAAAAAAAAGAAAAUGCCAGCUCUGACUUUUUAACAACUUUUCAGAUUUUUCAUGGGACAGUGGAACUCUGACUCACCAACUGGAGUUAAAAUCUUAAUUUAGAAAUGUAUUUAUUUGUGUGUUUUCUCCCCUCCUAUCUAUGUGGCUUUCCCUAAGAUCCUGGUCAAGGUGGCUUCUCCUGCCCAGACCCUUGUCUGUUUUCCCUGGUGGCUCUUGCUUUGCAGCCUGCCUGCUGCCAUGAUUUUGUCACUGACAUCUGUGAGCCAAAGACUGAGCCUCUUUAGCAGGAAUAAUAAGCAAUACUACACAACUUGCUACUUUCAGAAAACCUUUUUUUUUUUUUUUUUAACCUUCACCGAUGACAACAGAGGAAGAAGGGAACUGGGAUUUGGGUAAGUUCUCCUCCGCUGUUUGACCAAAUUCUCAGUGAUAAAUAUUGUGUGCAGAUCACUAGGAGAAAAAAGUUGACUUUCUUUCUUUUUUAGCGUGGCACAUACAGAUCUGCCGAAUUUUACGUAGACAAAAGAAAGGGUCUUGUGUAUUUUUGUCCAUAUCCGAUGUUAUAUGAACUAAUUGUAUUGUUUUAUACUGUGACCACAAAAUAUUAUGCAAUGCACCGUUUGUUUUUUAUUUCAUUAAAGGAAGUUUAAUUUAAA